AUGUCUGGCCUCGAGGCAGUCGGUACUGUCGCCAGCAUACUGCAAAUUGCAGAUUUGGGGAUGAAGUUAUCCCUCAAGCUCUGUUCCUUCUAUCGCACCGCCAAAGCCGCCAACCAGUCGAUGCAGGGCCUCUCCCGCGAUGUUGCAUUGACGUGUGUUAUCCUUCAAGAGCUCGGAUGUGUUUUAGACCAAGAUAAUGAAGGGCCAGUGACCUCGCGGAGCGCGUUUGAUACAGCGCAAAACGUUAUUGCAGAAUGCAAAUCUGUUUUUAAAGAGAUACACACUGCAGUUGAUAAGCAUGAGCGAAGAAAUGAGGAGUAUGGGCUUCUACGGAGAGCCAAGAAAAUCACAUUUGCCUUCCUUGGGCCGGACAUAGAGGCUCUGAAAAUGAAUUUGGAGAGAUUAAAGUCUACGAUGCUUUUGAUGCUGAACGUCAUCAUCUACGCCGGCCAAGUGCGUGGUAACACCACAAAGACCACACUAGAAACUCAGCGUGCUCUCAUUGAAUCGCUUCUAGAAGACAGAGAUGAGGCAGAGGCUGAGCUGAAGAACGCCAGCCUUAAUCUUGGUACUGAGGCAAUCACUAAUGUUUGUGACAUAUCGCGAAAAACUUUAGAACCCAAAGAAACUGGAAGGGAAGAAAAACCAAGAACCCGGGAGCUGGAGGACUAUUACUCACUUAUCAAGAAAAUGCUCGAAGACAUCGAUAGAUCUGAGCAUCUCUUAGAGCAAAAACGGCACUUGAGGAUCAGGAAUGGAGUGGUCAAGGUGCAUUGCAAUGAAGUCAAUCUCUUUCAACAACUCCAUGAGGCUGAGGAUAUGCAGCGCUUUCGUGAACCAUGCUUUCAAUUUAAGGAAAUCAAUUUUUCAAGUUCUUUCAACCCCCCGAACCAAGCGGCUUCUUCUCGGAGUACGGAUCAUGCAAUUAUUCGGUCAGAAACGAGCCGAAGACCACCAAGCCCCGAAUCUGCAUUGGAAAACAAAGCAAAGACCUUAGAGACUGAACGCUCUGACUUCAUGCAAGAUACAUUGCAAGGGAUUGACCACUUGAAAGCUCACUUCAAGAGUCUUGGGUUAAAACGGAAAAAAAAACACUCCUUGGGGCCACCUGGGUCUUCGCCCCCUUCCAACCGCAGUUCAGGUACUUUUCACCUUUCCCCUGAUAUGAACCAGCACCUUGGUAAGCCAAAAUAUACUAUUGGACGGACCAACCCUUCGCCGACCCCUCACCCGCCUCCAGAAUCCGAUAUUGUAGGCUAUAGGCCUAACCGUAACACUCUGGACAGUUUGGUUUUACAGUGGACAAACUUGACCUAUGACGAGCUGCAGAAAGCAAAUGGAGGCAUAAAAGGAACAUAUACAAUCAUUCCUUAG